CCUCACCCAGCCUCAACUCAUCACCACCAUUGACUUUUACUACAGAAGAAUGGGAAGCACCGAGCCUACGACUUCGCCAACGGCCGUCCAACCGGCACCUCUGAUCAAAGAGUUUCGCUGUGUUUGGGGUAAUUGCACGAAAUCAUUCUCAAGAGCUGAGCACCUUCAUCGGCAUGCGUUAAAUCACGAUGAAAGCAGAGCAAAUCUCACAUGUGAAAGAUGCAGCGCUGUCUUCAAGCGGAAAGACUUGAUAGACAGGCAUAUGGCGCGUCACCGUGAGAAAGAUGAGGAGGCUGGAGGAGAAGGAUUGGGAAGAUUGCAAACUCGGAAACGAUUGUGGCGAGAUUCAAACGGUGCAGUAGUUGCAAAGAGACGUCCAGAACUAGAAAAGAAGCGAAGAACUUCCAGUACUUCUCGAAAUAGAAAUAGCUCCACUGGUCAAACCAAUGAGGGUGAUCCUGGAACAUACACUCAACAGCAAGAUCAUGUCCCAUUGUCUCCUCCUGGAUCAUCGCAAGACCACCAGUCCAAUGGACCAGACUCGGCAGAAUUACCAGGAAAGUCAACUUUGCCACAGACUGAAGAGCUAUGGCCUCUGUCCAUGGGAGAUGUUUCUUUGUUGGACCAGGCAGGAGCAAUGGCUGAGCCAUACGACUUCCUCUGCAACGCUUCUUGGGGCUCUCAUUUUCAGGAAAGUGCCAACUCGGACCUUCUCUACAAUGAUCUUUUCGCACCAGAUACAGCCAGCUCCUUCAACCAUCCUUUCACGACUAUGAACUAUUACAAUUGGCUCCUUGGAAACGAGAAUUGGCCUGUCUCUACAUUUGAUGCAAGCAACGGAGUUGAAUUGAGCAAACUUCCAAUGGGAGUCUCCACCGCACCGCAACCACCUCGAAGUACUGCGUCACUCAGUGUCUCUGAUUCUUCCGGAGAAUAUGGAAGUAGUGGCAGUUACUACGACGUUUCAAGUCAUAAUUUCAAGCUCCCAGCAGCAAGCUCAAACACCUCAAGCAGCUCGUAUUCUGGAGAAGCAUCAACUCCUGAGACUUCAGCUGCCAAUCAGAUCUUGGCCAUGUCACAAAUGGCUGAGUCGAACUUUGCUGCGAGCCUUGGCUACCAAGAUGCAAACAUUCCCAGACAGCAACCUCAAGUUCAGACAAUCGAGAGUCCGAAUGGAAUGCCAACGCCUACGACUUCGAGGUCAAGCUUUGAGAGUGGAAGAUCGAAACAGUCUCGGAAGUUGCCAGCUAUUAAUGAAGCUGCACGUCAAGGAAUUCUGGAACUCGUCAGCCGUGCUCAACCCAAAGCUCCCGAUGAGACUGCAAUCACGACCGAACAUGAUCUUCUGCAAUUGCCUGUUCUCCAGGAAUACUGCGACUUGUACUUCAAGAAGUUCAAUACAGCAUAUCCCCUUCUGCAUCAGGCAACGUUCGAACCUUCGCAUGUUGAUCCUCUGCUUCUCGCUUCCGUACUCCUUCUAGGAGCAACUUAUAGCGACAAAGAAUCCCACCUCUUUGCUAUUUGUAUCCAUGAUACUAUGCGAGCUCAGAUCUUCGGCAGCAUAGCAUUCAACACUCGACCAGAAUUGUGGAUGCUUCAGACUAUCCUGCUCGUGGAAUGCUUUGGCAAAUCACGCGCUGGACAGCGGCAACAUGAUAUGGCACACUUGUUCCAUGGACUGCUGAUCAAUCUAAUACGAAGAAGCGAUUGCCAAUCAGCUCGAUGUGCACCAUUUGAUGACAACGAUAGGAUUGAUAUCGAUCGACGUUGGAGAACUGAGGUUGAAGCAGAGCAGAAGAGACGACUUGCUCUCCUCUGCUUCAUGUGGGAUACGCAGCAUGCAGUCUUGUUUUCUCAAUCCUUGUGUAUGAAUGCAGCAGAGCUCAAGCUCACCUUGCCUUGGAAUGAAGCGCUAUGGAAAGCAGAAACACCCGAAGAAUGGUAUGCUGUCCAUGCGAUGGAGAAGCCUCAACCGCAAUACCUUGCUGUUCUCAAGACGUACUUUGUGCCAGUACCUGAAGGUCGAGCGUUAUCUUUGAAUGCCCUCUCCAGAGUGCUCAUGUUGCAUGGGAUCAUGUCUGUGGCAUGGGACUUGAAUCGUAGAGAUCAGACUUCUCUUGGUCUCGUAACAACAGGCAAGGAAGAAUCGUGGCAGUCCCGCAUCUCUAGAUCAUACGACACUUGGAAAGGUGACUUUGAUGCUUACAGCAAAACCAUUAUGCUAUCUCUGGACGACAACGAACUUGAGAAGUCAGAAUUCCAGAAAUUCUGUGUCGCUACCCUCGCAGUUUAUCACGCUUCGCACAUUAUUCUUCAAGUUGAGAUCAACGACCUCCAAAUCUAUGCUGGAGCGAGUCAUAUUAUCGGCCGACCUGUCACGAAAGUGGACCGUGAGCGAUCAAAAGCACGAAUUGAACGCUGGGUAAAGCACAGCUCGAUCUCAGCUGCCAAGGCGGGCUCACACGCUGCUCGAAUUCUCCGUGAUGGUAUACGCAAGCUGAAAGACUGGGAUGCUGGAGAUUAUUUCCAUUAUCCUUGGUGUUUGUACCUUGCCACCCUGACUUGCUGGGCCUUCCAAAUGUGCAGCAAGACUGCUGAGGGAGCCUUAGCUGAAGGUAAUGGAAGCGAUACAGAAGAAGAUAGUGAUUGGGAUGCGAGAGCGGAGAUGAGUGCGUUGGUCAGUGCCAUGACAAGAAGUAACCUUGAAGAUCUGUGGAGAGUUGCUGGUAGGUAUCGGACAGGUGAUCUACCGAGGGUUAUGAGCAAGCACUUGAGCACGGUGAGAUGGGCUGUUGUGCAGGAAGGUAUGAAAGUACUCAACGGCUUAGUGGGAGAAGCGAGAUGAGGAGACGAAGACGCAAUUUUGGAGGAGUAUAUAUUAUGAUUUCUAUGAUUGAUAUCCAAGUUCUUUGAUGAAUGAUACAUGCUUAU